CUGUUUUCCCUUAUCUACUGUUAACUAGCAUAUCGCCCAAAGAUUUUUAAAAAAGAAAGCAAGUUUAGCAAACCUUGACUGAAAUGAACAUUUGUCCUAACAUGUCGCCGUCGCUGCUACUCAAGGCAUUCGUGAACGAACGCCUGGCCACCGCAGCCCAGGAGAUAUUUGACUUUUUGGAGCGAAUCAUCGUCAAAUACGAGGAAGAAGCUUCUUGCUCGCAAAAGGAGAUUAAACGCCUCCGAGGGAUUCGCUUGGAUUUUGUGUCACAACAGAACACAGACUUGUUUCAAUCAGCAGAGCAAAGGGAGGAAAAUUGGGAAAAUUCCCUCGAGCAGCAUUCCCAAGAGUGGGAGUCAAAUGGAACUUCUGGUCAUACUGGACAAGAGCUGAGCCACAUUAAACAGGAAGCCCUCUGGGACGUUCCCCAGGAAGACAGCAGAAUCCCGGAGGAUUCCGAUACCUUGUGCCUGUCUCGGGAGCAAAACAAGCAAGAAAAUGACAGUUUUUUGCAGCUCAGUGCGAGCAAGCCAGAGGAAGCCGAAACUAAACUGUUGCCACCCCCUGUUGCCUCAACAGAACCAUGCCCAUACCAAAAUGGACGGCAAGAUGCAUGUCAAACAGAGCACAGUGCCCUCUUGCCAGAGGCAUCAAUCACACAGGACUUCCGUUGUCAUCUCUGUGAAAAAUCCUUUUCCUUCAAUCACCACCUGGUUAAUCAUGCUUUAAGAAUACAUUGGAGGGAUGCGUGCUGCGCCGUGUGCGGGAAAGCGGGUGAGUCCCCCGGACGUCUCGCCGAGCACAUCCAAUCCCACCGGGGCUCCAAGACGUGCCCGGUGUGCGGCAAGCGCUGCGGUAGCGUCAGCGCGUUGGCCGAGCACAUGACCAGUCACACGGGCGCCAAGCCGCACCGCUGCUACAUGUGCGGCAAGGAGUGCAGCCGUAAGGGUGACCUGAAGAUCCACAUGAGGAUCCACACGGGCGAGAAGCCUUACUGCUGCACGCACUGCGGCAAGAGCUUCACGCACAGCGGCCAUCUCAGGAAGCAUCUGAGGACGCACACGGGCGAGCGCCCGCACACGUGCGGCAUGUGCGGGCGGGGCUUCCUGCAGAGCGCCCACCUCAAACAUCACCUGACCACCCACGUGCGGAUAUCUUGAGGAACUCGCUCACCACUCUUUUUUUCUUAUGCUGUGUUGUCAUGGUAACAGUCAAUUAUAGCAGAACCUCUAAGGGCCAGCGCAGUUUGUUUCUGAAAUAUGGUUCAACUCCGAAUUAAAAUGUCACCUUCAUUUACUUUUCAGGGCAUUUUUAUAGGUCAUCCAAGUGUAAAAUUUAAUUAACAAUCCCUUGUCUCAAAACGUGGAGAAAAUGGAAAUACGAUGAAUCCCCCAAAUUUUGCAAAAAUCCCCAAGUAAUGGGCUCUUUGCACGUAACGCCAUUCCUUGUAGACAAUACAAUUCACCCUUAUCCGGUGUUCUGCGUAAUGAAGCCAUGUUAAUAAUUCCAACUAAACAGUUGAGUAUGAGUCUGAAAUGACACAAUUAGUGGAAGUUACCUUGGAACUCACAACUAAUGGGCUCUUUGCCCGUAACGUCAUAUUUUUUGCAGACUACAAUUUACCCUCAUCCAGUGUUGCGCGUAAUCAAAGCCGUGUUCAUAAUUCCAAGUAAACAGCCGAGUAUGAGUCUGAAAUGACACAAUUAGUGGAAGUUACCGUGGAACUAACAACUAAUGGGCUCUUUGCCCGUAACGUCAUAUUUCUUGCAGACAAUACAAUUUACCCUUAUCCGGUGUUAUGCGUAAUGAAAGCCGUGUUCAUAAUUCCAAGUAAACAGCCAAUUAUGAGUAUAACAUGAAACAAUGGAAGUUACCUUUGCACUAAAAAUGAACUCUAAUGGAUCUGAAGCAGAAAGCCCGGCCACUUCACAUCUCUUGAUUAGACAAAAGUGCCAUGCAGAUUUUAAAAAAAAAAAUGAACUUGCACUUGGAGUAGUGUUGGAUAAUUUCUGCUUUAAUUAUAAAUGGUCUUCCAUCCAUUCACAAAGUUUAUAAAAACAGUGGUGAUGAUGUACAGAUUAGAGACUGUGGCUCUUAAGAACCAUCAGGAAGCAGAACAUGAGGUAGUAGAAAUGAACAUGCUGAGGUUCUUGCUCGGAUUGAGGAGGUUGGAUAGGAUUAGAAACGAGCUCUUUAGAGGGACAGCCAAAGUUGGAUGUUUUGGAGACAAGGUUCGAGAGAGCAGACUUCGAUGGUUUGGACAUGUUCAGAGGCGAGAGAGGGAGUAUAUUGGUAGACGGGUGUUGAGGAUGGAGCUGCCAGGCAAAAGAGCGAGAGGAAGACCAAAGAAAAGGUUCAUGGAUGUUAUGAGGGAGGACAUGAGAACUGUGGGUGUCAGAGAGGAAGAUCCACGAGAUAGGCUUAGAUGGAAAAAGAUGACAUGCAGUGGUGACCCCUAACGGGACAAGCCGAAAGGAAAAGAAGGUCAUCCAGCCAUUCAUUUUCUUCCGCUUAUCCAAGGUCAGGUUGUGGGGGCAGUUGCUUGAGCUGGGAUGCCCAGACUUCCCUCUCCACAGCCACUUCAUCCAGCUCUUCUGGGGGUGGGGGUGAACCCGAGCUGUCCCCACGCCACCUGAGAAACGUAAUCCUUCAAGCAUGUCCUGGGUCAUCCCCGGGGUCUCCUCUCAGUGGAACAUGACCAGAACACCUCACCAGGGAGGCGUCCCGGAGCCAUCCGAAACAGAUACCCGAGCCACCUCAUCUGGAUCCUCUCAAUCUUUCUGACACAACCCACAGCUCGAGACUAUUCUUGGGUUGCAAUCACUUGAUAAUCGCCGCCAUUUCUACAGACAAGCUAGGUGUUGCAGAUGACAUCACCAUGGCAACGUACACGGACCCAUGAGUAAGCGGCGAGCGGUGGAUGUUUUCUGCCUACUUUAAUUCACUCUGUUGUCGCCAAAGCUAGAUAUGUGCAGAAGAUCCAACUCUGUGAAGAUAUCGAUCCGUAUACUCUCCACAACGACGUACUUUCAAAGGAUCUGAAAGUCUUUGCUGAAGUAGAAUAUCGGGACACAAGAAAUACACAUGGUUACCGCUUACAAAAUGAUCAGAACAGACUUUCAAAUAAACAUUUGCCUUGUGUACUCGAGCUAUGUUCAGAUCUCCAAGUCUCAUAUUUGCAAGUCACUUUUGUUGCCGUUUUUUUUGUUAACUCCAUUCUAAUGUCUACUUUAUGCAAUCUAAUGUUUGGAACACGUAAAAAUCGCUUCCCAAUGUCUCUGUUUCUGCGAUUUCCACAUCCGUAGA